AAACAACUUCACGUUUCGUUCAUCAUUAGUAAAUAGGAAGGAUUGGCGGCGUGUCAUCGAAAACUGUUUUUUCCGCUGCUAAUAAUAAAAAGUCCCAAUUAGUUCGAUUACUGGUCUGGUUCGAACGCUGGUUGGUUCAUCCUAUCACGCCGGCUGCUUUUGAGUUGCAGUCCAUUGUGGAUGGAGUGAGUGCACACAUGAGAACCAAAACCUAAAUUGAGUUUGGUUCAGCUGUCUGCUCACACAAAACUGUAAAUCAAAUUUUCCAACAUCUGUUGAUUCGAGUGUGAAACAAUGGUCAUAACUGACAAAACCUAUAUUCCUUCUGACGAGGAAUUGACAGUUCAGGAACUCAAUAUUUCUUACCCUGUCCUGCAGGCAGCUUCAUUCUACGUUGGAAAGGCCUGCGAACAUCACAAUAACGAAUUUGUUUUAUGUCGCCGUGAAGAAGGGAAUCCAGUUAAAUGCGUGAACGAGGGAAAAGCUGUUACUGCAUGUGCAUUACAAUUUUUCCAAAAGUUGAAGAAAAAUUGUCGCGCUGAAUUUGAGCAGUACUACAAUUGCUUGGACAAGUCCAGUGGAGAAUCUUUAUUUGCACCAUGUCGCAAAACUCAGGCGGUUUUGGAUAAGUGUGUCCUGGACAAAUUGAACGUGGAACGCCCAUCAUACGGCUACUUCUGUGAAGUCAAAGUACACGAUUCAAAAAGACCCAAACCAGUUGAAGAUCUUCCUGAGUACGAAGACAGAGUUCCUAAACUACCUAAAGAUGCACCAACACCACCUGCGAGGUUCAACGCCAGAUGGAUAUGGAUGACUUAAACGAGAAAAUACUGCAAAAAAUUGUGCUCUUUAAAGAUUAUUAGUCUUCGUAUGUAACAUUGAUGUACACUUGGAUCUCUUGUAUAACUCUGAAAGGGUCUUCGUUUCUACAGUCCAUCAUGCCGGAGUAACGAUGGGCAGUUUAUUCAAGUGAUUCAGAUAUAAAUAAAAUUAUUGAUUUAAUUAUCAA